GACACAAGAGAACUCAAAUUAGAUGGAAACUGGCCAUGGCUCCAGCAAAGCUUGGCGCUCCGGAUGCAGAGCUCAGAGAUGGCGAAGACCAAUCGCCGGCUGCUGUCUUUGCAGUUCUUCUUAGCUUUCCUCUCGAUCUCGUUUGCCGCUGGGUUCCAGUCCGAUGAGUUAAUGCAGGAUGACGAGGAGUUCGGGCUCGAGGGCGGCCGACCAGCCGCCGAUCCCCAGCUCUACAUCCCUACCCAAACACCAGUCCGCCGAAGACCCGAACUUGAUCUGCUAGCCGGAUCCUCCGAUUCGAAGUCGAUCCAGUUCUCUCUGGAGCAUGAGUUGGGAACCCCUGGGUUCUCGCCUGCUGGAACUUUUACGGCUCGCCUCAAGUCCUGGAGCCAUGGAGGACAGACUCUAACUAAGCUUAGGUUCUCGAGAAACGCACUGACAGAGGAAGAAAAGAAGGCUUUCAAGAAACUAUUGAAAGAAGAUGGCUACUAUACGAUCAGAGUGCCAUCUAAUGUGUUAGAUCCUCCAGGAAGAGAUUUUGUUGUUUCAUCAGUCAGAGCUAGGUGCAUCCCUAGAGAGAUUUUGGACGAGCAUUUUAUCAUCCAUGCGGAUGGUGUGAAUAUUUUGGCAGUGAAUUAUGGGUCAGCUGAAGCUUGUCAAUAUCCAAGAUUACUCAGAUAUCCUGCAAAGUGGUCUUUCACAUCAUAUACAGUUAUGAAGAUCAGCGAGCAAGCUCCAAGAACUCCUACAUUUGCUGAAAAAUUGCUUGCUGUGGAGGAGGGAGUUGGUGAAGGUGUAAAGCCUCCUGAAAAAACUUUCUGGGCUAAAUAUUGGAUGUAUUUAGUUCCUCUGGUCUUCAUUGUGCUGAAUGCCAUGACUCAAGCCAUGAGCAUGCCACCGGAAGAGGGGGCUGCUGGGCAAGCUGCACAGCUGGCACCAAGUGCUAAUGUUAGAAGAAGAUGAAAAGAUUUAGGUCCACAAAUUAAUCCUGGAAUAUGAAUGAGAAAGCUGGUGCAUUCCUCUUUCACAAUCUAAAGUGCAAGCAAUGCGGUUCUUGUUUGUAUGCUUCAAGCUUUUUGGUCCCGACGCCAAAAUCAUGAAACUGAUGAUUGAUCUGACAUCAAACAUUGUUGCCUCCUUUUCUACACGAUUCAAAUGCUCGAUUCUCAUUUAUAAAAUUAUUCGGUAGAAUUUCAUUCAGAUGUUCCACUUGCAAUCCACAAUGUAUUUGGUUUAGUCGCAUUAUUUACUCAGGUUGGUGUUGAAUACAGAAUGUUUACUUCACAAGGAUUGAACUCAUUUGGUGGUUGAACAUGACAAUAAUGCGUCAUGUUUUGCCAGCCUCUGUAAACCUGGUAGAUGUACUUGAGCAAUGUCCAUAUGCACAGAAGUUAAACUUCUCGAUCGAUAGAUUGAUUGGCUGAA